CAGCAUCAUCAUUAUCAUUAUCACCAAGUUAUAGAUACAAACCCCUUCCAAUUGGUUCUAUCCAUAAGAUAACGGCUUUAGUACACCUUUAACAUCAGUCCACCACCAUCAUUAUAAACCCUACCUACAAGGCACCUGAAAACCCCGACCAGCAAUUUAAUGUGUAAGGACUGCUACAAGACCACCGCCGCCUCGGUCUCUAUGUCACUGGCGAUGACAAACCCAGAACUCAUCUGGCCCUACCAUCAAGAACAAAAACGAGCAGCCCGCCAAGCGUCCCAAGCCCAACCACAGCCGCAAUCCGACGUCAUGUCUUCAUCAGCCUCUACCUUCUCGGGCUCUACCGCUUACUCCUAUGACAAGGAGCAGGGCCAGAACGAUACUACUACGCAAAAGCGAUCGGUUCGGCAACGAAUCAAGGAGGCCUUCAAGGACAUGGGGAGCCCGCCCUCAGCGUACCAUGACCGGGUGAACGGCCAAAAGACGGAGGAGCCAGCCCCUGAGUACGGCCCGAUGAGCUCGACGCCUCAGAGUAGGACUUGAGGUUGAGAAAGAUGAGAUGAUAAUACAAAGUACCUACCUAGACAUAUUCUAGGUAUAUAAGUUCGGCCUUUUGGAUUUCAGGCUUGACUUUGCUCCCAAUGGCGUACAUGAAUGGUCGGUUAAGGUGGCAGCAUGGCUGGGUUUACUAGAACGGAGCACAAUUAUGCUCUGAGGAAAAGGUGCGCGAUCUAAUGAGGAGCACGAUGCUCAGGUAUACAUCACACACCGCAGUGGUUUCGUUGAGGUUGCUCUGAUAUCCAAAUUUGGGGGUGGUACUCUGGAAUUCUUACUGAACGUCAGGGAGGCAAUGGCGUGGAAUAACCUGAUCGCGGAGUAGCUAUCAGUACAUAUCUUAGCUACGUGUUUUUAUAUUAGCUAAUUCUAGUCUUUACAUCUCUG